AUGGGCUACAUUAUCUGAACUUUAAAUUAAUUCGUAUUUUUUCAAGCUUAAGACAGCUUUUGUGUUUUAUAGUUCGACGAACGUAUCUUAAGUAACCAUGUGGAGUGAUUCGUUGUUAAUUGUUUUCAUUUCGAUUUGUACGGCCUUUUUAGGAGAAGGCUUGACAUGGAUUCUGGUCUAUAGAACAGAAAAAUAUCAGAAACUUAAGGUUGAGGUGGAGCGACAAAGUAAAAAAUUGGAGAAGCGUAAGGAGGCCCAUGGUGACUCAUUGGACAAACAACAUAAGAAGAAGAUUGAACGUGAAGAGGAGAGGCUUAAAAAUAACAACCGGGACUUGUCUUUAGUGAAAAUGAAGUCAAUGUUUGCCAUAGGUUUUGCUUUUACAGCUUUGCUUAGCAUGUUCAACAGUAUAUUUGAUGGAAGAGUAGUAGCCAAGCUGCCUUUUUAUCCAAUUUCAUGGAUUCAAGGACUAAGUCACAGGAACUUGCCAGGAGAUGACUUCUCUGAUUGCUCAUUUAUUUUCUUGUACAUACUGUGCACAAUGAGUAUAAGGCAAAAUAUCCAGAAAUUGCUGGGAUUUGCACCAUCCCGUGUGGCAUCAAAGCAGGGUGGAGCUCUGUUUGCAGCACCACCAGCACAGUUCAAGUAAAUAGGGACAUAAGUUAGUUUCAGUUUCAGUUUAUUUGCCAUAAAGUAACAUAAGCAUUACAUGGUGUCAAUAACAAUAUAAUUUUAAACUAAUUAGUAUUUAAUAUACAAUAAAUAAUAGCGUAUUACACAUUGCUAUAUCUCAAAUGUCUUAUUACAACGGGCAUUCAAGAAAGGCCAGUUGUAGUUUGUAUCUGUCUUAUUAAAUAAAUACUAACUAAAGUUUUGAAUAUCAAGUUUACUGUUCAGAAAUUCCGAUACUGAGUAAAAAGCAUGAUUCCUGAAAAAAGUUUGUAUCUUCUCCUUAAAAACGUCCAAUGGGAGGCUUAUUAAUUGUAAAGGCAGUUUAUUAAACAUUUUAAUUUUUAGGAAAAAUCCCUGUUUUUGUGUUUUCCUGAGCCGUGAUUUUGGUAGCAGCAGCCUGUGUUUAUAUCGUAGGUUGUGGUUGUUUAUGUCCGAUAGUUUAAGAUGUGAUUCGGCCUGUUUAUGUACUUCUAAUAAUGAAUUAUAUAUAAAUAAUGAUAUCACAGUCAUUAUACCAAGUUUUUCAGUGAGGUUUGGCCGACUCGCGCCAAUUGACUCCACACAUAAUUCUUAUAGAGCGUUUCUGAAGUACUAGUAUUUUAUUGUCUGUAUAGUAUUAUUUGUAUUUUUAGUAUUUAUGUCUGAUGCAUUGCCCCACACUG